AUGAAUAUUUGUAAGAUACAUGAAAACACCUCCAAAUGCAGUGCGAACACUAUGGAGUGCUUCAUGGUCCUCAGCACGCAAGCGCAGAAGAUAAGCAUUGCCACGCUCUGCAGCCUCUUUGGGACACUGUGCAUUUUCGAGAACUCUUUGGUGCUGUACUUGAUCUUCUCCUCCCGCAGGACCAGGAGAAAGCCUUCCUACCUCUUUAUCAGCAGCCUGGCCUUGGCUGACAUUCUGGCCAGCAUCAUCUUCGUCUGCAGUUUUGUUAACUUCCAUGUCUUUAAUGAAACUGAUUUCUCUAAAGAAAUGUUCCUGCUGCAGCUGGGAGGGGUGAACACAUCCUUCUCUGCCUCCCUGAGCAGUUUGCUGCUGACAGCCCUGGAUCGUUACAUCUCCAUCAGCCGGCCCUCCGAAUACAAGCUCCUAAUGACGAGGAAGAGAGCAUGGAUAGCUCUGGGGGUGCUCUGGGUGACAUGUGCCACCAUUGCCUCCCUGCCCCUCCUGGGCUGGAACUGCUGCACGCUCAAUUCGACCUGCUCCGAGCUGUUCCCGUUUGUGGAUGACAACUAUCUGUCGAGCUGGAUCUGCUUCGUCAUGGUGCUGCUGGGGUGUAUCAUCUACGCCUACACGCACGUGCUAUGGAGGGCUCGCCAGCACGUGGCCUACAUGGAGAAGCACCAAGGGCAGGUGGGAAAGCAAAACACCAGGAUGAGGAUGGACGUCAUGCUGGCCAAGACCCUUGUCAUGGUGCUGACUGUCCUCGUGCUGUGCUGGUCUCCGGUCCUCGUUCUCAUGAUCUACAGCAUCUUUGCCAGGCUGAGCAAUCACCUGCGCAAGGUGUUUGCCUUCUGCAGCACCCUCUGCCUGCUCAAUUCCAUGGUGAACCCCAUUAUUUAUGCCCUGCGGAGCAAGGAGCUAUAUUCCUCCCUGAGGAUGGUCUUUUCUCAGUUCAGGAGGCAGCUGAAGGCCUCUGAGGAAAGCCCAGAAGCAGACAGCACCCACAAGUCCUCCGUGAUAGAGACCAUCUGCGAGGACACGCGCAUAACGGGGGCGGGCGGGCUGCUGUGGCUGGCGGCGUGGUCGGCGCUGGGGCCGGUGUUGGCCGCGCCGCGCUACCACCCGGACUGGGCCAGCCUGGACGCCAGGCCACUGCCGACCUGGUUCGACCAGGCCAAGGUGGGGGUGUUCGUGCACUGGGGGGUGUUCUCCGUCCCGGCCUGGGGCUCCGAGUGGUUCUGGUGGCACUGGCAGGGCGAGCACCGCACCGACUAUGAGCGCUUCGUGCAGCGCCGGUACCCGCCCGACACCACCUACGCCGACUUUGCACCCCGCUUCACCGCCCACGAUUUCCAGCCCCGCGAGUGGGCCCAGCUCUUCCAGCGGGCUGGUGCCAGGUACGUGGUACUGACCACAAAGCAUCAUGAAGGCUUCACCAACUGGGGGUCGCCCGUGUCCUGGAACUGGAAUUCUCUGGAUAUGGGGCCACACCGAGAUCUUGUGGGAGAGCUGGGACAAGCCCUCAGGGAGAGCAACAUACGCUAUGGACUGUAUCACUCCCUGUUAGAGUGGUUUAAUCCACUCUAUCUAGCUGACAAAGAAAGUGGCUUCAAGACCCAGGACUUCGUUUUAAAGAAGACCAUGCCAGAACUUUAUGAUCUUGUCUUAAAAUAUAAACCAGAUUUGAUUUGGUCGGAUGGAGACUGGGAAGCUCCGGAGUCGUACUGGAAUUCUACCUCUUUCCUUGCCUGGCUUUAUAACGAUAGUCCCGUCAAGGACACUGUUGUCGUUAAUGAUCGUUGGUGUAAUAACUGCUCUUGCAAUCACGGAGGCUACUACAAUUGUGCUGACAAAUACAAGCCAGGGACCCUGCCAACGCACAAGUGGGAGAUGUGCUCCUCCAUUGACAAGCUUUCCUGGGGCUAUCGAAGCAACAUGAACAUUGCUGAGUUAAUGGAUGAAGCAAGUAUCAUUGAGGAGCUAGUACAGACUGUGAGUUUUGGAGGCAACUACCUUAUCAAUGUGGGACCUACAAAAGAAGGGGUGAUUGUUCCCAUUUUCCAAGAAAGACUUCUGGCGCUUGGGAGGUGGCUGGACACUAAUGGGGAGGCAAUUUAUGAAUCGAAGCCAUGGCGAGUACAGAUGGAGAACAGCACAGACACGGUCUGGUACACUUCUAAGGGACCAGUUGUCUAUGCCAUCCUGCUGAUCUGGCCUCGGGACAACAUUUUGGAGCUGUCCUCGCCCACUCCAUCCCCAGCCACACAAGUGACGAUGCUGGGUUUUGCAGGGGCUCUGAAGUGGCAGAAGUCCCCAGGUAAAGGACUGCUCAUAACUUUGCCCUGCCUGCCUCCGUCUCCUCUGCCUCCUCAGUCUGGCUGGACCCUCAGGCUUGAGGGUGUGAAGUGA